CUGGGAUCCCUGCUCCCAGCUCCACUGCAGAAUAACUCCACAGCUUCUGCGCUCUAGGAGGGCUAGACGCCGCGCCGCCCGCCCCCUGCAGCUUGUGCUGCAGCCGCCGGCCACCGGAGGGGGGCGAACCCACGUCAACCUGUUGUUUGUCCCGUCCCCAUUGAUCUAGUCAGCGCCACAAGGAAGUGCGGCACCCACACGCGCUUGGAAAGUUCAGCAUGCAGGAAGUUUGGGAAGAGCUGGGCGAGUAGCUGGACGGCCCGGGCAGCGCAGGGCAGUGCAGGCGGCGAAGGCGCGGGGCGGUGGAGCAGAGGUCCACCGGCCCAACCCGGUGGGCUUUAUUUAUUUAUAUAUUUAUUUCUGGAACGAGGCUAUCCCUAGGUCGCUGAUCCCAAAUGCACCGACUCAUCUUCAUCUCCAUUCUUGUGUGCGCGAACUUUUGCAGCUAUCGGGACACUUUUGCGACUCCGCAGAGCGCAUCCAUCAAAGCUUUGCGCAAUGCCAAUCUCAGGAGAGACGAGAGCAAUCACCUCACAGACUUGUACCGAAGAGAUGAGAACAUCCAGGUGACAGGCAGUGGUCAUGUGCAGAGUCCUCGCUUCCCCAGAAGUUAUCCCCGGAACCUACUCCUCACAUGGCGGCUCCAUUCUCAGGAGAAAACACGGAUACAACUGGCCUUUGACCAUCAGUUUGGACUAGAGGAAGCAGAAAAUGAUAUCUGUAGGUAUGAUUUUGUGGAAGUUGAAGAUAUCUCUGAAACCAGCACUGUAGUUAGAGGAAGGUGGUGUGGCCACAAGGAAAUCCCUCCAAGGAUAACGUCAAAAACAAACCAGAUUAAAAUCACAUUCAAAUCUGACGACUACUUUGUGGCAAAACCUGGAUUCAAAAUUUAUUAUUCGUUUGUGGAAGAUUUCCAACCUAAAGCAGCCUCAGAGACCAACUGGGAAUCAGUCACAAGCUCUGUCUCUAAGCUCAAUGCAACCAAAUGCGUGGUGCAGCUGAAGGAGAUACAUGGGGUGUCUCAUCACUCUCCACCAGUAACGGACCCUACGCUCACUGCUGAUGCUUUGGACAAAACAAUUGCAGAAUUCGAUACUGUAGAAGAUCUGCUUAAGCACUUCAAUCCAGAGACUUGGCAAGAUGAUCUGGAAAACUUGUAUCUGGACACCCCUCAUUACAGAGGCAGAUCAUACCAUGACCGGAAGUCCAAAGUGGACCUGGACAGGCUCAACGAUGACGUCAAGCGUUACAGUUGCACUCCCAGGAAUCACUCGGUCAAUCUGAGGGAGGAGCUGAAGCUGACCAAUGCGGUCUUCUUCCCCAGAUGCCUGCUUGUGCAGCGCUGUGGAGGCAACUGCGGUUGUGGAACUGUCAACUGGAAGUCCUGCACCUGCAGCUCGGGGAAGACGGUGAAAAAGUAUCAUGAGGUAUUAAAGUUUGAGCCUGGCCAUUUCAGGAGAAGGGGCAAAGCUAAGAAUAUGGCUCUCGUAGAUAUCCAGUUGGAUCACCAUGAGCGGUGUGACUGUAUCUGCAGCUCAAGGCCACCUCGAUAAGACUCUGUGUGCAUUUAUACAUGAAGAAUGAAAAGACCUUUGGGUUAAGACAUGGUAAGGGAUCCUUGUCUCACCCUAAGCAAUCAAAGUUGCUUCUCAGCUACAAUGCAGUGAACACAGGUGGAAAGCUCUCUUUGUUAAUGCCAUGGCAAGAACAAGCAUAUAUUGUCAACUUCUAUAUCCAUAAAUAUAGGAAUUCAUUUAUUAAUAGUACGUGAAGAUAUGUAUGUAUACCCACACACAUGUCUAUCUCUAUGUGUGUAAACAAAUGAAAUACUUUAUUCAGCAUAUUUACUGAAGUCCACCAGAGACAAAUGAUUCAAUUAUUACUCAAUAAUUUUGCUAAAAUAAGGAAUGUGUUAAACAUAUAAAACAUCUCUUUAAGAAAUUCAGAAUAUAAAUUUCUUUUGAAACAUUGAUUCACAAAACAUAUCACGUCUUGCUCUCUUAAAGAAAGCAUGUGUCCAUUAAACAGAAGAUGAAACUUUCUUAUGUAUAUGUCUUAAUAAUAUGGAAGAAAAUAAAGUUUCUGGGGAUAAAACCAAGUAUUUAACUAUUUUCUACAUGAGAUGCACUACACACCUACAAAUGUGGACAGCAAUAAUCUUACUCCAAAAAAAAAAAAAACACAAAA